AGAAACAGCUGUAGACCGUGAACCGUGGACUGUGGCUCUGACAAGGAUUACCUGGAUACUGGCCUGAAGUCUGGGUGGGCAUUACGCCGGCAAGCGGGAGAGAAAAACGAGCGCAAUUACGCACAAGAAUUCUGCGCAGGUGUCUUUGGAUGGACUCAUCUGCCAUGGCGAACCGGCUUUUUCACAUUCUGCAUUUGCUGGUGCUUCUGGAGUGCAGCUGGGCUCAAGUCGCAUCUGAGGAAGGUGAAGGUGAAGGUGAAGUCGCGCGUCAGGGUGGCGAUGUGUUACCAGCGCUGGCGGAGCCGCGCGUCUUUACGCACGACGGCGCAAACCGGGACAUGGUCUCUGUCAAUAUGUUCAAAGUGUACGAGAGGUACAGUAAAGAACCGCAGAGCCAGAGGGACGGAAACACCGUGAGGAGUUUCAAAGCUGUCCCGAGAGUCUAUGAAGGCAAAGACGUUUUCCAGUUCAACCUGUCCUCCAUCCAGGACUCGGAGCUCAUUCUCUUUGCCUCCCUUCACUUCCUCUACAAGCGACCUCGCCACCACCAGCGAACGUGGCGCUUCCGAAGGCCCCGCCACACGUCUGGAGGCCCCCCAAAAGCACCCCCUCCCUCCCCGAGGCUCCUCUUCCAUGGGUCAUCCUCAAACUCAGAUUUUGCAAUACCACUGGGAAACAUAAGUCUAAGUCCUUUAAAGAAAGGAUCUUGGCAAACGAGGGACAUCACAGCAGUGCUGAAACACGCCAGGGAUGUCGGAGAGCUUGUGGUCACCGUGGACUUCGAUAUGGGAUUUGGAUUUGUUCGAAUGAGUCAUCCUCACAGCCAAGAACGCCUGUCUCCAUCCAAUCUGCCGUAUAUUCUGGUAUUUGCGGAUGACCAAGCGAUAGACGAGCCAAAUAGCGUGGCCAUGUCCCUGCAGCGGUACGGGCCCUUCCCUGGAGGCGAAGACUCAUCCCUCGCAGCUUCAAGGAUCAGGAGGGAGCUUCAUCUCCAAGUCCAAACCAAUGACAUUCCAGAGGUCCAGUUCAACACUUUAAAGAACCAUGAACUGUGGCAGAACACGUAUUUCCCCGCCAAAGCCAAAGCAGCUGUCAAACCCGGGAGGAAGCAGGGCUUGGAGAACAGCGAAGGCCUCGGUAAGCCCCAGGUGCUGAGCUUUGACGAAAGGACGAUGAAGAAGGCCAGGAGGAGGCAGUGGAGCGAGCCCAGGGUUUGCUCCAGGCGUUACCUCCGGGUGGACUUUGCCGACAUCGGAUGGAGCGAGUGGGUUUUGGCUCCGAAGUCUUUCGAUGCCUACUACUGCGCCGGAGCCUGUGGAUUCCCCAUCCCGAAAGUGGUGCGUCCUUCCAACCACGCCACCAUCCAGAGUAUAGUCAGAGCCGUAGGAAUCGUACCUGGCGUUCCUGAACCCUGCUGCGUUCCAGAGAAGAUGAGCCCCCUCAGCGUGCUUUUCCUCGACCCGAGCAGGAAUAUGGUGCUCAAAGUCUACCCCGGCAUGUCAGUGGAUACCUGCGCCUGUCGGUAGGGUCGGAUCAGUAGACACCAAAGACAGUAAAGAGGACGGAACUGUAGAUUCAUCUGAUAAAGGGGAGGUUUUCUUCCAUCUGAUCAUAGAGCACAGGGAAAGACUGAAACUGAACUGGUGGUCUGAAGUCUGGUCAAAUUCCCGUCUUACGUUUCUUGGACAUCUUCAUCCCUUAAGUGUGGACUCCAUAUAUUCCUGCUUAUCUGAAGCGUUUCAUAACACAUUAGUAUUUUUUUGCUCUUCCAAGAAAAAGAUCAAGUGCACUUCCAGAAACCUGUGUAUGUAAUGAUCCUCAAAGCUACAGGAAUAAGUGGACAGAUCACACACUCAUCUAAAAGAACGUCCACAGGGUAUUUUUCUGCCUCCAUUUUUAAUCUCUGGGAUUUUUCUGAUUUAGUCUCUCCUUGCUUUCAAAUGACUGGAUUGGCUCCAGUCUAAUCCUGGACCCUGACUCAACUGGACCUGGUUUUGGAAUCAUUUAACACAGCUCAUCUUAAAGAAUCAUUGAAAGCUCAUUUUCAAAGAGCAGAUGAUUUAAGUCGUUUGAGGUGUUUACAUCCUGUGUAUGGGGUCCACUCCCCAUGUCAUCUGAAUUAAUGGAUUUUAGACAAACUGAUAAACUGCCCAGAGACUCACAACUGUCUUUUGUUUUAAACACAGAGCCUGAUUGGCAGCACAUUUGUGAAUAUUAUAGUCACUAAUGAAAACUACUCUCUCUAAAUGACAUUAUAAUGAUGUUUAAUGCCUGAUAUAAUUUAGCAGAACAUAUUAUUUGUGCAUGAGAGAAUAUAUCUUUUUUUAAGCUACAUUUAGUUCAUAGUUAAAACUUGUAAAUAGUCAGUGUGCUUUGAUUCCCACUGGGAUUUUUUUUUAUGUAAUGGAAGCAUUGAUGUGCAGCAUGUUUCUGUGUGAAACAGCACAGAGGAAAGCAGCGCAGCGCUGCCAUCUGCAGUGCAUUCUGGGAAAGUUAAAAGGAGUUUAUAAUAUUAAAAGAGUUAUUGUGCGUCAUGUGGCUCUUUGGUAUUUCCCUUUAACCCAGGGGUGUCAAACAUAUGGCCCGUGGACCACAAAGGGUCUAAUCCAGCCUCUGGAAUAAAUUUAU